AUGGAUUUCAUCAAGAAGGCUGCCGAGGGUAUGAAGGGCAACCAGUCUGGUUCGACACAGCAGAGCAACCCAGGAGACCAGGAUUACGUUGACAAGGCUUUCGACUUUGCCGCUAAGAAGUCUGGCCACAACAUGGACCGCAGCACCGAGGAGAAGAUCACCGAUGCCGGCCGCAAUGCCUACGAGAAGCUGACUGGCAACAAGGUCGACCCCAAGAUCAGCAACUAG